AGGUUGGUGGUGUCUCGCAUGUUAAAUAUGGAGAACCCUUAAGCCGCAGUGAAUGCUAAACAGACUAGCUUAUAGCACCGCGCUUCUAGUUCUAGUAUUCUUCAAAAAUGAACGGUAUUGCACCAGCUUUGAGCGAGGCUGAGAAGGAGCACUUUCUUGAAAAGGGCUGGGUAAAGAUACCUAAAGCCUUCACAAGAGAACAAGCCGGGGAUGCCACUAAGGAUGUUUGGACUCGACUCGGCAUGUCGCCGACAGACAAAAGCACCUGGUCCAGCCUGAGAACCAACAUGCCGGCGGCACAGCUCCAUUUUGAUGCCUCUGAAUUCGCACCUCGCGCAUGGGCGGCCGUGAACGAGCUCUGCGGAGGUGAGGACCGGAUAGACUCCAGGUGUCGCACAUGGCGAGAUACCUUCAUUGUGAAUCUCGGCACACCCGAGAACGAGGGCAAAGAAGUUGUGCCCAAGGAGUUGGACAAUUACCACGUCGACGGGGACUUCUUCAUCCACUAUCUGGACAGUCCCGAGCAGGGCCUCUUGAUCAUCCCUCUGUUCACCGAUGUAGUUCCCGGUGGCGGGGGCACCUACAUUUGUCCGGACGCGAUGCCCAAGGUUGCACGUUGGCUAUAUGACCACCCCGAGGGGGUAUCACCGCGGAUGGUGCCGCGAGGGGAACCAGAUUUUGAGAAAGAGGCGAACUUGGAUUGGUUCCUCGACUUGGCACAAACAUGCGAGGAUUUUGUAGAGGUAACUGGCGAGGCUGGGGAUGUUUACCUGUUGCACCCGCUGAUGUUGCAUUCCGCGUCGACGAAUCCACUACGGCGCGUCCGGAUCAUCACAAACCCGCCUGUAUCUCUGAAGGAGCCAUUUUGUUUCGACAGACCAGAUGGCAAUUACAGUUUGGUGGAGCUUAGAACGAUCAGGGCGCUUGGGAAGAAGGCACCGCUUGACUGGAAAAUCAAAGGUCCAAGAGAAAACGUUAUCCCGGCCAGGGUGCGACGCUGGGAGAAGAUGAAGGCUGAUGAAGCAAAGAGAUUGGAGGAAGCACGGAAGCUCGUAGCGGCAUGAGUGGCGGGCCCAAACUAUUCGUACGAAGUAAAUUGGAAAACAAAUAUCAGACAGACAAGAAGAACCCGCAUCUACCAAAUUGUUUUCUUAGUCGUCUCAGGUGAAUUUAAUUGAGUUACAGUAUUCC